AUGGCUGAAGAGGUUUUAAUUCCAUCAGCGAGAAAAUUCAGUGCGCACUUGACCAGCUCAAUGUUGGCGGUAGCAUUCCUCACCUCCUUUGGGAGCUCCAUGCUUUAUGGCUACAAUCUAGCUGUGGUUAACUCCCCUGCUGUGGUGGAUGAUUUGCUCUCUAGUGAGGAUGUGGACAGUGCUCCAGUCAAGUCGGUCAUCGUUGGACAUUUGACCAAGUUGAUUCAGGUUUUCAUUCCUACUUUCCUGACUUUGAGGAGAAAUCUGCACAGCUGGAUUGGAAAAGGUACACUGGUAAACACAACAGUGCUGGUGUUUAUUGCUGGCUUACUCAUGGGCUUCAGCAGAAUUUGUGGUUCACCAGAGAUGGUCAUCUUUGGCCGCUUCAUCACUGGAAUUCACUCAGGCAUCUCUCUAAGUGUCGUACCAAUGUAUCUGGGUGAGAUAGCACCUAAGAACCUGCGAGGCUUCCUGGGUCUUGUGCCGAGUAUCUUUAUCGGCAUGGGAGUCUUUGCUGCCCAAAUCCUUGGCCUACACGAGCUUCUAGGAAAGGAGGAGCACUGGCCCCUUUUUCUCUCUGUUGUGGUGGUACCCACCUUCAUCCAGUUGAUGCUUUUGCCAUGGUUCCCAGAGAGCCCCAGAUACCUGCUAAUUGAGAAACACAAUGUACAUGCCGCCAUAUCAGCUCUGAACUGGUACAGAGCCAAGUGUAACAUCCAGGCUGAGAUUGAAGAGAUGCAGGAGGAGCAGCACUCCCUCUCAUCAGUGGAGACACUGUCAGUAUGGAAACUGUUGCUAGAUGACACAGUCCGUUGGCAAGUGCUCAGUGUGGUGGUCAUCAACAUCGGCAUGCAGUUGUCUGGCAUUGAUGCUAUCUGGUUCUACACCAAUGAUAUCUUUGAAAAUGCAGGUAUCCCAGCUCCAGAGAUCCCGUACACCACAGCAGGAACAGGAAUUAUAGAGAUCAUCGCUGGACUCAUUGGGUGUUUCAGCAUAGAGAAGUUGGGCAGGAGGCCUCUCAUGAUUGGGGGCUUUGCCAUGAUGGGCAUCUGCAGUGCUGGAAUCACAUUGGCACUCAUUUUACAGGCUCAUUUAUCAAUCAUGCGCUACGUCAGUGUCUGCUUUGUGGUUGGCAUCAUCGCUGGCUUCUGUAUCGGUCCAGCGGGCGUUCCCUUCCUGGUCACAGCAGAGCUGUUUAAACAGUCCCACCGCCCAGCCGCCUACAUUGUUGGAGGAUCACUCAACUGGCUGUCCAACUUUACUGUGGGCUUCAUGUUCCCCUUCUUACAGAUGUCUGCUGGAUCUUACUGCUACUUGGUGUUUGCCACCGUUUGUGUGUUUGUGGCUGUCUAUGUCUACUUAAUGAUCCCAGAGACCAAAAACAAGACCUUCAUGGAGAUCAGCCGAAUGUUUUCAAAGAGGGAGGCUGUGUUAGAAACCCAGGGCCUAAUCCAUGGGGACCAGCUGAAGCUGAAGAAAAUUAAUGGAUACGGCAUUGUGGAACAUGCAUAA